AUGGCCGGUUCGAAGUCUAGUCGGAAAAGGACGAUCGAUUCCGGCGUCGAUGGAGAAAUCUCGACAAACUCAUCUUCCAGAAGUAACAUUGCUUUCAUAAAUGACAAAUUCCGUGCUACUUCUGCCCAGAAUCUUGCUAAACUUGUCGCGGCUGAGAAUCUCCCUCUCGAUUUUGGCGAUAGGUCAACUUUUGAAGAUUUUUGCGGUUCGUUAAAUCCUGCCGCCAAACGUGUUCCGGCUGCUCUCUUGGAUAAUUUUUACCAAGAGUACAAAUCGAAGUACAGUGAAAAUUUUACCGAACCCCAAGAGACUGGAGAGAUUGGAGAUAGGGGUCGUGGACCAUUUGGUCGACUGAGUUUAUGCGAACGUUUUAAGAAGGAAAUAGUGGAAAGGAGAAGAAAAGAGAGGAAA